AUGUUCAGCGACGAAGAAGCCCCAACAUGUCAAACCUGCCAACUCCCAGACUGCAGACUUAUCGUGAAGCAUAUACUCUUAGAGUGCACUGAUACGCAAGACGCACAAAACCAUGCUUACAUGCCAGAAUUCAUAAAGGAAGCCCUCACCACGUACCGAACGAACACUACAGUUCCUGCACGCUAA